UUAGUGCUCUGAUUGGUUUGGAGGACUAGCUCGACCUCCUCGGGAAGCGCGCGCGAAAACACACCUCCCCGCGCGCAUCGAGCGCAGAAAGUGAGGCACGCGCGACGCUCGCGCGGCAGCGAGUGCUCCCUCUCUCUCUCUCUCUUUUUUUCUCUCUCUGUCUCUCUUUCUCUCUCGACUGCAGGGAUGACACGAGCCGGCUUUUAAUAUCCUUUUUUUUUUAAUAGUUUUUUUUUUUUUUUUUUAAUAUAUAGGAAAAGCUAUAUAAGUAAUGUUUAGUGUUCAUUUCUUUGUGAAAAUGUUCUCGGAGUGACAACAGGAUACGUUUGGAGAUAUUUGUGUUGGAUAUUCUGGCACACAAGAGGAGAAGGAAACGAUGUGGACAUUCAGACGCCACGACGGAUGACAUCCGGAUGAAAAUGAACACAGAUUAUCAGAAGCAACUUCAAGCACCUCAACCAGAGAUCCAAAGUCCCCUAGCCAUCACAGUGCGCUCCACCCUCAUGUCAAGACCUUGUCUGUCUUCCCGAGGUCUUAAACCUCCAGUUGCUCCAAAGCCAAAACUUUCCACUCAGCAAGAAGGUGAACACAGCCAAUGCAUUGUUAGUAAUGGAGAUAUCACAUCAGAGUUGGCAUUAGCACAAGACAGUGAAUCAGAAUCCACACAGGAUGAAGCUGACCCACCAGGAGAGACCCACAAAGAGGAUCUUUCUGAACAGUUAGUAGAGAACCACAACAACCUUGAUAGCAUUGAUGAUAAAGAAACAAAGGACGUGCUGCAGAUGGGGGUAGAAGAAAGAGAUGAAAUAGAUGCAGAAGAAGAGGAGAGCCACUUUGAAGUAGUUGAUGCAGGUUCCUUGAAUGAGGUCAAAGAUGUUAUUGUAACUACUGUUUCAGCUGCUAUAGACCACAUCAAAGAGACCGAUGAUGUACAGCCACAACAAGGCACAGGUGAUCCUGAUGAUACAGCAGAUGACCCUGCUGAGAAGGAGAACACCAUGGAAUACCAAACAGGGGGUGAAUCAGAGGCCAACAACGGCACACCAAGCCCUUAUGAAGAAAUUGAGGAAUCCACCUCAAAUCAGUGCAGUCCAUAUGCAGAGAUAGGUGAUGUCGAGGAGCUGACAUCAGACACUGCUGAUGAUACAGAGGAGCCUUAUUUCAAUGAGAGAGAGUUCCUCUGUGGAACCCCAAUAGAUACUACAGACACAAAGCUAUGUGAAGAGGGCACAAAUCCAAGUGCAGAGUGCAGCACUGAGGAUACGUCAAAUGCAGUGGCUGGAUUUUCCUCCCAGGCUAUGAAUGGCAGUCAGCCCUCUCUGUGUGAGGAGUACCCAUAUGAUGUAAUUGGACCUCUGGAUGACACCAGUGCAUGGCAGCCAGAACGUGCCACCAAAGACGAAUCAGGACGUUUCAGAUUCUCAGAGGGAGUAGACGAUGCGUUUGAGCCAUAUUCGGUCAUAGAGGUGGUGCCUGCUGAUCUUAUGAGCACCUCAGAUCCUGAACUGGAGUGUACAGAUGAGGAUUGUAGUGAAGAGAAAGCAAAGGAGCCUGAGACAAAGAUGGGAUCCACUCAAGAGCCUUUUUAUGUCUCAUCUGAUAAUGUAGCAGAAGAAGAACAGGCUCAAGCGGAGGACAAUGUGACUUCAUCUGAUGAACCCUUGGAGCAAGAACUUAGGGAAACUCCAAACAGAGAUGAAGUGGAUGAGUAUGCCAAUAUAGAAGAUUCUCUAUGCCAAGAUGGAGAUGAUCAGCUACUGGAGUGUGUGUCGUCUGAGGAUUAUGUAGAGAUAGGGGACGAAGAUGAGCCUGUGGAUAUGACACGUAAAACCAAAGGGAAAAGCACAAAGGAGCGGUCAUCCAUUCGCAGACAAAGUUGCGUGAGCAAGAGAAGCAGCUGCCAACCUCGUCUUAGACUUUGCGAUAUAACUGUGCCCCCUGGCCUAGACUUGGGCAGGACUCCUGAGCUAACAAACCGUUUAGUGUUUGCCCACACCACUGAGGCAUUUGAGGAGGACAUAGAAGACCUCGACUGCCACAUAGUGCCUUUUUUUGAGGAAUCUGACUCAGAUAGUGAUGAGCACAUUUACGAGGAAGCAGGCUUUGACUCAGAAGGAGAGAACUUUAUCACUCUGGACAGAAAGACCAUUGUGACUCGUUCACGGUCACUCUCAGGAAAAGUACCCGGAUAUGUCCCUGAGACUGUUCCUGAGGAGACAGGCAGUGAGUCUCAGUCUCAUGACUACUACACUGUGGCCUUGGACCAAAAUGGAGAUCUGUUAAAGGCUUCAGAUAAUUCAGAGUCCAACCAGAUGAUUCCUUCACUGAACUCUAGACGUUUUCUGUUCUACCCCCGAUCGUAUUCUGCGGAGGGCCGAGACAUGACUUUGUCUGCCCAUUUGGAGGGCAGUCAUUCCCCGAGAGUGGACGACAGAGUGAAACGGACAGAUGACACCCUCUCCUUACCUUGUGUCAUCACCUCUUCUGGGAGCUUCUCUCAAAGAAGCCACCAGUCCUCUAGUGGUGUGUCUACACCUACAUCUCUUGUUGACAUCCCUCCACCCUUUGAGCUGGCUUACAUCACCAAGAGGCCUAUCACAAAAAGUUCCCCAUCUCUACUUAUUCAACAUGAGUCUAAUGACAAACCAAAAAAGAAGACAUCUUUCAAGCGUUUCCUGGCUCUGAAGUUUAGGAAGAAAACUGACAGCAAAUCACACGGUGAUGGCAGCGUGCGUUCUUCCAGAUCUUCAUCCGAGUCUAGCCAUCAUGGUCCUGUUCGGGUAAUAGAGAUGGAUCGGAGGAGUAAUGGCAGCUCCCCUCAGCCCCAGUCUCGCAUCAUCAAACCACAACGCAACUCAGACUUUCCUGCCACCUUCGUAGUUUACAAAGACAGGCAGAAGAAGAAAGGUGUACCCAAGACCUAUGGCAGCAGGGGCAUCUCCAGAGUGGAGUCUUUCGAGGAGCGCUCUCGGCCGCCCUUCAUGCCACUCCCACUCACCAAACCUCGAUCCAUCUCCUUUCCAAGCGCUGAUACUUCCGACUAUGAAAACAUCCCAGCCAUGAGCUCAGACUAUGAGAAUAUUCAGAUUCCUCCAGGGAGGCCCACUCGGGCCGUCACCAUCACUGAGUUCUUUGACGACCAAAAUCGGACAGCAGCUGCCAACGAGAACGACGGUUAUGUUGACAUGAACAGCUUUGCAGGAAUAGAGAACAAAACUACCACACCAGAGCAAGAGACAGAGAGUGCGUACACAGAACCUUUCCCAAUGUGUCCUGCCCCUGCAUCACAUUUCACAGAGGAAGACCACGGACGCACGUCCGAGGAGGAGGAAGGGUGCGCUGAUCAGAGCUUUGACAGACAGAUUGAUGGCAGAUCCAGAGCAUACUAUGUUGCCAAAGAGCUGCUGGAUUCGGAGAGAGAACAUGUGAAGACACUGAAACUACUUCAAGAGGAUUUCAGGUCAGCGGUGGAGGAGGCAGUAGGGGAGGACGGCGAGCCCGUGGUGGAGGAGGGGAGGAUGGACGAGAUUCUCAGCACCCUGCCUCAGGCCUACCAGCUCCACACAGACAUCCUUACGCAGCUGGACUCCCGCAUACAACAGUGGGAGGAGAGCCCGAAGAUGGUGGACGUCUUUCUGACACACCGUGAGGAGUUUGGGAUUUUCGUGACCUACAUUGCUGGUUAUGACCGCAGCAUGGCUCUGCUGGAGGAGAGCUGCAGACGGAGUAAAGCCUUCGCCAGUGUCGUCAAACGCUUCGAGCAGCAGAAUUCCGAGGGAGUGCAGAUUCCUGUGAAACACCAGCUGCUGCAGAUCAUCGUGCGUGUACUGCAAUACCGCAUGCUUCUCACAGAUUACUUAAACAACCUCUCCCCCGACUCUAAAGAAUAUGAAGAAACACAAGCUGCGUUGGUGAUUGUGUCAGAGGUUGCAGACCAGGCCAACGACAACCUAAAAGAAGGGGAGAACUUGCUGCGUCUGGUCCACAUUGAGUACAGUGUGAAGGGGAAGAGGAGUUUGCUGCAGCCAGGAAGAGUGUUUGUGAAAGAGGGCACGCUUAUGAAGGUCUCCCGUAAGAGCCGACAGCCUCGACAUCUGUUCUUGAUGAACGACAUGAUCCUGUACACCUUCCCUCAGCAGGAUGGGAAAUACAGGAUGAAGAAUACUCUUCUUCUCAGUGGGAUGAAGGUUAGUAAACCGGUCAUCGAUAACAUCCUCAACACACUAAGGAUAGAGGUCAAUGAUGUCACCAUCACCCUCUCGGCCAGCUCUGUAGGAGAGAGGGAGGACUGGUUCCACACUCUGAGCCGAGCUAUAGCCGACCACGCUGCAGGCCUCAAUACGUUCAGCUCCUCCAGCGAGGCGCGAGAGAAGCUGUGGAUGUCUCUGGGAGAAGCCGCGCCGGUCCUGGUGCCCAUCUCUCACGCCUUGAUGUGCAUGAACUGCGCGUCAGAUUUCAGUCUCACGCUGCGCAGGCACCAGUGCAACGCAUGUGGCAAGGUGGUGUGUCGCUCCUGCUCCAGGAACAGAUACCCACUGAAGUAUCUGAAGGACCGAAUAGCUAAAGUUUGUGACCGCUGCUACGCCGAGCUCAAGAAACGAGGUGGGAACGUUCCUAUUCCAUGUGGUAGUGCGAGUCCACAUACACAGCGCGCCAGCAGACCUCUGUCCGCUGUGUUUCAGAGCCUGCAGCCUCCCAGCCUGUGGAAGAACAGGAAGAGCAGCAUAUCACCCCUCGCUCAGGUGUCAGUGGGUGCUGAAGGCUCCACUAUGAGUGGGAGUUUGCAGAGGCGGAAGAAGAGCAAGCGGAAGUGGAAGAGGCUGUGGUUCCUGCUCAAAGACAAGGUGCUCUACACCUUCACAGCUCGAGAGGAUAAAGUGGCGAGUGAGAGUUUACCUCUUCAGGGUUUCACGGUGAAGCUGUCUGAUCAGUCCGAGGGUGAGGACACAGGUGGUGUCUUUCAGCUCUACCACAAAAAAACUCUGUACUACACAUUCAGAGCGGAUGAUCACCACACCGCACGAAGAUGGGUGAAUGCCAUGGAGGAAGCCACAGUAUUAUAGUAUUAACUGCAGCAGUGUGACUGUAAGCCGUGACUUUUCUAAACAAAGACGAAGAGGAAAGCGUAUGUUAAACCACAACUCACUCCUACCCCGAAGGAAUAUUUGCGCCUUUUGGUUUGUUUUGUUUUUUCUUCCACCGCAGACGUAUAAAUGGAGUGGUUUCUGCAUACGAUCGCUGGAAAUUCCACGAUGGAAGAAAAGACAGUGUUACUUGACUCGACUUUGUUCACUUUCUCGCCGAAGAAAAAAAGCGAAGAAUGCCAAAUGUAAAUAAAGUGACAUAAAACGGAGGAAUCUUUUUAUAAGGACAGAACAUUUUACACACGCCGGAUUUAUCCGCUUCGAUUUUUUUUCAAGUAUAUAAGUUUAAAUGUCAGCUGUUUGAAUUUUGAUACGCAGUGAUUUGGAUUGAUGUGUAUUGUGUGAAAUCUACCCUAACAAUUUCAGCAUAGGAAAGUUUGAUACAAGACUGUAUAUUAGCUGUAUAUUUCAUCAUUAGAGAUGAGAAUUUAGGCUGUAAUAUAAUUAUAGGGCAAUGUCAGUUGUGCCAUUGUUUUUCAUUUAUCGUCAUUUUUUGUUUUAAUUUACACAUUCGUUCUGAAUUUCUCUUGUGGCUUAGUUUUUAAAAAAAAUGCACACAAUUUCAUACUCAAAAUGUUGCUUCUUUAGUUUUGCACUGGAGCUACAAGAAGUCAGUCUGUCUCAAUUUAUAUUUUAGACAAAUAUAUGCACAAAUCAACAUCAUUAGUCUAUGUGAUCUUAUUAUUUAAUGUUUUGUAUAGUCCAUAUUUACAGAUUUAAUUAUAAAAUACAACUAUAUGACUGUCCGCAUAACUUUUUCGCUCCUUCAAACUUUUGGGAGGCGGGGCUUAGGGGGGUGAACUGACACCAGUAUGUCCUCAUUCAAACUUUUGGCAGGCAUGGCUUAAUGGGGUGAACUGACACCAAUGUGUCCUUGUGCAAACUUUUUUGAGGUGGGGCUUAAAGGGCAGACUGACAUCAAUACGUCCUCAUUCAAACGUUUGGGAGGCGGAGCUUAAGGAGGACGACUGACACCGGUAUGUCCUCAUUCAAACUUCUGGGAGGCCGGGCUUAAAGGGCAGACUGAUACCAAUAUGUCCUCAUUCAAACUUCUGGGAGGCGGGGCUUAAGGGGAUAAACUGACACCAAUGUGUCCUUGUGCAAACAUUUUUGAGGCGGGGCUUAAAGUACAGACUGACACCAAUGUGUCCUUGUGUAGACUUUUGGUAGGCGGGGCUUAAAGUACAGACUGACACCAAUGUGUCCUUGUGUAGACUUUUGGUAGGCGGGGCUUAAAGUACAGACUGACACCAAUGUGUCCUUGUGUAGACUUUUGGUAGGCGGGGCUUAAAGUACAGACUGACACCAAUGUGUCCUUGUGUAGACUUUUGGUAGGCAGGGCUUAAAGUACAUACUGACACCAAUGUAUCCUUGUGCAAACAUUUUUGAGGCGGGGCUUAAAGUACAGACUGACACCAAUGUGUCCUCAUUAAAAUUUCUGGGAGGUGUAGCUUAGGGACCGGACAGACACCAACUGUGCUAAAGGAAAAAAUGAUUUCAGUUAUGCAAGAUGACUGCCUGUAUAAUGCAUUUUUGUCUAUUUCUUUUGUUUAGAUUUGAUAGAUUUAUAUAUAAGUGACAUGACUGAUUUGAGGAAGAUAUUUAGACUUCUCUUACGUCUCAGGCCGAUCUGAGGCGGAGCUCCAUUUCCGAACUAAAGAAGCGAACAUGACACGUCAUUUGGAAAAUUGUAUAAAAAAAAAAAAGUUUUCCUUUCAUCUCAGUGAUGACGACUGAUAAUGAUGAUGCUGAGUCUUUCCUACCACAUGAACUAUCAUUACUGUGUCAUAUUAAGGCCUGAUUAUAGUCUAUAAUUUGACUUUAUUGUAUUUCAAAACUCUUUAUCCUGCGUAGCACCAUGUCGUGCUGUCGAGGAUGCGUUCUGAUCUCGAUCUCCACCCAUGCCUGUUGUUUUCUCUAUACUUCCAUUCACUUCUCUGAAUUCUCCAGUUGCUUUGAAAAAGUCUGAACCAGCACCAGAGAAAAUUUCAUCUUGCAUCAAUACGGCUCCGUUCUCUUUAAAUAAGCUGAUAUAAAUAUCUUUACGAUGUUCGUUCCUGCUGUUAUUUACAUGAACACUGAGGCCGAGUACGCGUUUGAAUGUUCUUCCACCUGUCGCUCACAGGUUUUGCAUUGUUUCUAUACACGGUAACCAGAUGUCAGGAACGGCAUCGUGAACCACAUUCAAAUCACCGAUGGAAAUUUGUCCACAGGGGAUCGCACUCUAUGACAAAUGUCUCCACACCAGAGAAGUGUGUGUGGAAGGUGUAUAAUCGAUCUAAAAACUGUCUUUGUAUAGAUCCCUGCUUCGCUCAGUCAGAUUAGUACAAUGUUAAAAAUACGGGAUUCUAUAGGGCUGAGAUUGGAGAACACUGAUAAUAUGUUUCUUUAAAUAUCUGUUGUAUUGCACUGAUUUGUAAGAGACAGAGUGAUGACACAGUAUUGAAUUUAUCCAGGUUUAUUCUGCCGCACAUAUCGAUGAUACACUGAGAACGCAGAGGAAUGUGUUGCGAAUGAUACUGUAAGCUGCUUUUUUACCGCACACUAUAACGAAGCCCGUUCUGCUUUCUUUUCCCCCGCCGUCUCACAAUCUCUCCGGGUUCUUUGCUUCAAAGGCAAUGUUUUUAUCCCUUGGAAAAAGAAGCAAAACAAAACAAAUGGGCAGUACUGAAGUUUUUAUCAGAUCUAGAGAUGCACAGUAUCUCACUUUUGAUGUUACAGUCACACACUGUGUUACGUUAUGAUGGCUAUAUAUACGACAAACAGAAUCUAGAGCAAUGUAAAUGACAUGUACAUAAUUAUUAAGAAAAACAUACAUCUUUUCUUUUAUUUGCACUGAUAGUAAGAAAAAGAAAGUUAUGCCAGUUUUAUCAAGUUUUAUUAAGGUGAAUCAGCUGUAUGGAUUUGGGAUAUUAUUGUUCAAAUAAAUAUAGUAAACAGA